UUGUUUAUAGACAGCUUGCAGAAAACCGAGGACUUGUCCUGUACCUCUUAACGUCACCAAAGCUCGUGGACUAGUAUGAAAAAGAGUGCCGAAUCACGUCCUUCUCUAUCUGCAUCAUGGCUGCCUGCAUGAUACAAAAGCGUCGUCACCUCGAGGGUAACGCCAGAGGUGUUCCUGGAAUUGCGGAUGCGGGAUCCGAUGACAACACUGUCGCUCUUGUCGAGAUCCAUCCCAGCACUAAUCAUAAGGCCCGAUCCAAGGCCCGGCCAGUCUGGGUCCUUGGCACACUAUUGCGCACGAGAUGCAUCAUGUUGUUGGGUCGAGAUGCAGCCUCGAGCACGAGGAGCGCAGAGAACCUUGACCGGCGGCGUCUAUUUGUGCUGUCUACACGAAUUGUUCUGAAAACUCGUCUCGUCUGUUUGUGGUCAAGGAUUUCUGGGAUGUACAGGCUGACGAAUGGCCGUUUGCUGUGUACGUACACAGGGGUUCGUGCCUGCCGAUCAAAGACCACCUGCAACAGUGCCGCUGCACCCAGUAAUGGGGGACCUGAGGCAGCCAAUUAUGCGGCUUGGCUUGCAGAAGACAGGAUGAGGACGGAAAUCCUUGGGCUUUCGAUCUCUUGCCUUCACGGUCAUUAUUCCAGUUGCUCCACCACGCAUUUCAUAACCAUACGAUGAUGAUUCGAAAACCGGGUGAUCGGGAAGCCUCACAACAUGCGAUGAUUUGGUUGGGGUGAAACGUAGCAGUUGCAGCAGCCGGUGG